CCAUCAUGCUUUGCCGUGCCCGCCGACCCGAGAGCUACCGAUGCUAGGCUAACUGUCGUUAGCUACCUGGAGCGGACAUGUUGUACCGACCCUUCCUUUAAUAAACAUAGCUGUAAGCGAGGAACCGGGAGUUAAGAGGAAGGCUCGGAGUGCUGGGCAAUCAUGGAUGCCGUCAACGCCUUUAACCAUGAGUUAUUCUCGUUGAUUGACUCCAAGCCCCCGAUCUCUCGGGCGAAGAUGAUUUCCAUCACCAAAUCGGCCAUCAAAGCUAUGAAACUAUACAAACAUGUGGUGCAGAUUGUGGAAAAGUUUAUCAAAAAGUGUAAGCCGGAGUACAAGGUAGCGGGCCUGUAUGUAGUGGAUUCCAUUGUUAGGCAGUCCAGACACCAGUUUGGAUCAGACAAGGACGUGUUUGGCCCGAGGUUCACCAAAAACAUUACAGGAACCUUUGAGAACCUCUGCCUUUGCCCCGUAGAGGACAGGAGUAAGAUUGUGCGGGUGUUGAACCUGUGGCAAAAGAAUGGGGUGUUUAAGAUUGAGGUUAUUCAGCCCCUCCUGAACAUGGCAACCAGCUCUGGCAGUGCUGCUGCACUCUACACAGGCUCAGAUGAUCCAGGUUUUUCCCCACCUCAAGCCAAAGAGCCAGUAACGGCAAACUCCACCAUGACAUCCACUUCUCAGCUGCAAAACUCUGACGCCUUUGCUGCUGUGGCACAGCUCUUCCAGUCCACACAGGGGCAGCAGCUUCAACAGAUGCUGCAGAACUUUCAGCAGCAGCCUGUGAAGCCUGACGCCCACACUCAGCCUCAUACCAUUCAAACACAGGCCCAAGACAUCACCAUUGGCACGGUCGCAUCGCAACCGCCUCUGACCAGCCAAACCGCCCAUCAGAAGUCAACCUUUGACAAGAAAUUGCUGGACCGUUUUGACUAUGACGAUGAACCAGACGUUGGAGAAGAGGCCAAGAAGGAUGACAUGUCAUCACAGGCCUCCUUCAUGCAGCAGCCUCCAGGCUUCUCGCAGCACUCGGAGCACUUUAAAUCCCCGAUGAUUAACAUGUUGCCAGACUUCUCACAACAGGUUCCUCUCCCUCCUAAUGGCCAGCUGCAGGCCUAUGGUUUACCGCCAGGACAAAGCUUCCCAGUCAUGAUGCCUCUUAUGGGGCAUGCUUUGCCAGGGCAGUCUCCCCCUGGUUCUACUGGGCCUCCAGGAUUCCCAGGGGUAUACCCUCCCCACAAUGCUGCCCAGCAACAGGAUUUGUCAAUGGAUGCGGACCGUUCAUCUAUGAGGGAUGGCAGACAUGGUCAACGGUCACACUCAGGCUCCAGGUCUCCAAAGCGGAGGAGGUCACGGUCUAAUUCCCGUACAAGACGAUCCAGGCACAGGCGAUCGCGCUCCAGAGACCGGCGUCACCAUUCCCCACGCGCUCGCUCGCAGGACCGCAGGGAGAGGGAGAAGGAGAGAGAGCGACGGCAGAAAGGCCUCCCCCCACCCAAGAGCGAGACCCUACACAUUUGCAGUACAACUCUUUGGGUGGGCCAGUUGGACAAGAGAACACAACAGCAAGAUGUCGCCUGUUUACUGGAGGAGUUUGGGCCGAUAGAGUCCAUCAAUAUGAUCCCACCACGUGGCUGUGCCUAUAUUGUCAUGAUACAUCGGCAAGAUGCCUUCAAGGCUCUGCAGAAGCUUAGUAGAGGAUCUCACAAAGUGAACCAGAAAACCAUCAAGAUUGCUUGGGCUUUGAACAAGGGUAUAAAGGCUGAGUUUAAACAGUACUGGGAAGUGGAGCUGGGUGUCACCUACAUACCGUGGUCUAAAAUCAGAGAGGCUCAGUUGGAGGAGCUAAAAGAAGGAGGAAUUCUGGAUGUAGACACAUUAUCACCAGAGUGGAGUGGAGUAAGGAAAACUCUUGGCGUCCUGGAGGAAUUCACCCACAAUGGCCGUUCUGAGCCGCAGCCGUCUGAGGACACACAGCUUUUACCUGUGGCUGCCGCAGCUGCUCCUCAUGCACAGGUUCCUCCAAUGCAGCAGCCAAUGGUUGGUGUGGGUUCCCUCCAGCCUCCUGUUUUUCCUGGUCCCAUAGGCAUGCCUCCGCAUUCCUUCCCCCCAGGCGUCCCCCCUCCUCCUUUCAUGAGACCUGGCUUCAACCCCAUGCAGAUGCCUCCAGGUUUUCCUCCUCCAGGUGGAAUGCCUCUUGGUCUACCACCUCCUUCCAAAGGUGGAGUUGAAGACCAGCCUAUGGACCCAGCGGGUCUGGGUAACAGGAAAAAUGACGAUGUCCCGGAGGGUCCCAACAUCUUCAACAACCAGAUGGGACCUAUGGGUAACCAGUUAGGUGGACCUCCAGGUGGAAACAUCCAACCCCCUCCAGGUGGCCUGCUGGGCGCACGGCCCGGUAUAAUCCCACUUCAGCGUCCUCCGGUUCCUCCCCCACCACACAUGCAGCGUUUCCCUCCACCCCACGGGCCACGACCCCCUCACCCCAACAUGCCACCUAUGCCCCCACAGAUGAUGCCCAGAGGGCUACACCCUCAAAUGAUGCACCAUGACCCCCUUCCACCAAAAGGAGGUUUUGGGAUGCUCCAUCCCCACAAUAUGAGGGCUCCUUUCCCUCCACAUGGGCAUGGCCCUCCUCCUCAUGGACCUCCUCCUCAUGGUCCUCCUCAUGGUCCUCCUCCUCCUUUUAUCAGACCAGGAGGACCUCGUGGACAAGAGGGGCCGGAAGAAAUGGAGGGCAGACCGUUCAGGGGAGACAGGCCUGGAUUCAGGGACCGAGAGCCAGAGAGGGACAGGGACUGGGAUCAAGACAGGGAUAGAGAGAAGGACCGAGGUUUUGGUGGUGGAAGGCGUCCAUUUGGUGAUGGUGGGAGAGGAGGCGGUGAUAGAAUGGAUGGGAGGGACCGGCUCGGAGGUUGGCAGGAAGACGGAGGAGAUCACCAAGGAGGGGGAUGGGAGAGAGACAGAGAUCGGGAUAGAGACCGCGAUCGAGACAGAGACAGACGGGACUGGAGGGAGAAGCGUAACAGCCUGGAUAGAGACAGGGAGCGAGGGAGGGGUGAAGAUGUGGAAAAGGAACAGGGGAGGGGAGAGGGAGGAGAAAGAGGAAGGGUUGAAAGAGGGAGAGGAGCUGAAGGAAAAGAAGGAGAAAGGCCAAGGCGGUCAGAGCGGCGAGAGAGGACCACGCGGUGGGACAAGGAUGACCGAUUGGCCGAACUGGAAAACGUGGAAAAGGUUCAGACCUCUAACAGCACAGAGGAUCCUCCUGUGACUCCUGUGGUUACCAUGGAAACCAGUACUGAACCAAGCUUGGAAGCUUCUGAAAAGAAGGAAGAAUCUGAACUUUUAUCUCCGUCCCCAGAGGCAGCGAAGGCUGCAGGAGAGCCGGUGCCCUCUGAGCCCUCACCUUCAGCUCAAAGUGAGCCCACAGAAACAAAAGAGGAAGCGGCAUCAUAGACUGGCUCACUGCUCCUUCAGCCAGAGACUGCUGUGAACCACUGAAAGAUUAUUUUUUUUACAAUGAAAGUCAGCCUCUACUGCUGACAUAACAAUGCUAGCUUGUCGCAGUUUGUCAGUCGGUAAAUGUCAGUUUCUGGGCACCAACACGUGUCUUGAAAACAAACAUCUCCCACACGUGUUGUCAAACACAUGUAAAAUGGUUGUUUUCAGACUUUAUGGUUAAAUUCAGCUUUGCAUCCGUUUCUCGAAACACAUGACCACAUGAAAAUCCGUUUGGUAAAAUUGCUGUAGUUAAAUAUUGGCUGUCAGCUGUUUUUUCCUGCAAGUUGUAAGAAUGAACGGAGUGCUUGCAUGUUAACUUAGCUCUGUCCAUUUUUAGGUUAAUUUGAGCUUAGCUUUUAUGUUUUUACUCAAGUUGAUUUGCAGACAGAGGAAACAAAUGACACAUUUCUAUUUAAUUUCUAUGACAUUAUUUUUUACUUAUCUGUGUGAUAGCAGGCACUCUUCAACAAGGUGAAUAUGUUCAUUUUAAAAUAUAUAUUUUUUUAAAUGCCAAAAUGUCAUGUCUAACACUGAAUAGCUUCUCAAACAACUAUAUGAUAAUAUAGGCACCAUUUUAUUUUAUUUUUUUCAUCUCCUCUUGUGUCUUAUUUUGGCUCCUUAAGAUCACAGCCAGCAAGGCACAGCUUUGAAAAAAACUAUGGUUACCUUAAAAUCCAAUCAAGUUACUUGUUUGAAAAACUACAAAUUGGGUAAGACAUGUCGGGGUAAAUUACCCUGACAAUUUAAGCUUGGUACUUGGCUUGAGCUUGGCUCACAUAAAUGGUUGAGGUCUCCUUUUGAUUAUGUCCCCACUUUUCACCUUUUGAAACCUCUUUAUUUCCGGCAGAAUAAAUCUUGAGUAUUGUCUUCAUUCUACCAGACACUUGGUACACAUUUACCGGCAAAUACCCGAUGUCUUUAAAACAUUACACUCUCAAAACAUGAUUUUUAUUUAACUUUGAUAUAUUCCACUAUUAUUUGGGAGUCUGAAAUCAAACUCGGCAGUCAUAUUUUACUCGUAACAGGAAUUACACGCAAACAUGUCAUUCUUGUAUCAUUUAGGGAAUCAAGAAUGCUUCACUUUUUUUGACCGUGCAGUUCUUAUCCAGAUGUCACUUUAAGUCUUUUAAUUUUUUGUGUGCGCAUAUAAUCAUUUUGUUUGGUUACAAAAGUAUUGGACGAACAUAAAACAUUGUGGGGGCUUAACACCAAGGACUAAAACGGUGGUAUAAUCCUAUUUCUUUUGUUUAACAGACAUGGUGACUGAGGGGUGAAGAGGCAUUACAGAUGAGACAUUUCUACAAAACAUGCACCAAAAAAAAAAAAAAUAUAUAGAUACAAAAGAAAGAAAAGUUAUGUUGUGUAUCUCCUCUAGAAGAAUUAGGAAGUAAAGACAUUUGAUGAUGUUAUAUAAGGGGGGGGGGGGCUUUGUUUCAAAAGUGUGAGUGAUCUAGACAUGGAGAUAUUGGUAUGCAAAAAUACAGUCCCUAGAGUACAUCCAUUUACAAAUAAAUUGACUUGCAUCCAAAUAAGCUGUUCAAAACUGAUGUAAACUAAAUAUUUUUUUAUUAAGUAGAUUUGUAUCCUGGUUUCUGUUCAAUCUUUUGAAUUUUUGAAGUAAAAUUUCAUUGGGAAUUUUAGGAUGUGUGUACUUCUGCUGUCUUAAUUUAACAUCCUUGACUAAAUGUGUAUUUUUUUUUCUUCAGUUAAGUAAUAAACAUUUUGUACAUCCAA